CCUGAUCACCGGCGUUGUUAAAAUCUGAAAAUGGCAGCAUCUUCUGAGACCAUACUAUCAACAGCAAAGCACUUUGUACAGUUCAUCAAUAAGUCACCAUCGCCUUUCCACGCUGUGAAUGAAGUAAAGAAGCGACUAGUUGCCGCUGGUUUCAAGGAGUUGCGUGAAAUUGAUCACUGGACAGUACAACCACAGGACAAGUGUUUUGUCACCCGCAACCAGUCCACAAUUAUAGCCUUUGCUGUGGGAGGCCGCUACAAACCAGGCAAUGGUUUCAGUAUUGUGGGAGCCCACACUGACAGUCCCUGCUUGAAGGUAAAACCAAACUCUAACAAGGUUCGCCAUGGAUAUGUGCAGCUCGGGGUGGAGUGUUAUGGGGGUGGGAUCUGGAGGACCUGGAUGGACAGAGAUCUGACUGUGGCUGGUAGAGUUCUUGUCAGGAGUGGUGAGAAGAUAGACCAUCGUCUGGUUCACAUUGAGAGACCUCUCUUGAGGAUACCAAACCUGGCCAUCCACCUGGAUCGAAACACCAAUGAGAACUUUGGGCCUAAUAAAGAAGAUCACUUACUACCAGUUUUAGCCACAGCUGUAAAGGCAGGGCUACAGGGAAACACACAUUCUGCUGAGAAAACACCACAAUUACAGGCAGAUAAACACCCAUCUCCAUUGAUUAAAAUUCUUUGUGAUGAACUGAAGAUUGAGCCACAGCAGGUUUUGGAUUUUGAACUCUGCUUAGCUGAUACACAACCUGCGACUAUUGGUGGAGUUUACAAUGAGUUUGUGUUCUCACCCAGACUGGACAAUCUGCUGAAUGCGUACACGGCUUGUGAGGCCCUCGUGGAAUCCUGUGAAGAUGACAGUCUGGCAAGUGACCCUAAUAUUAGACUGAUUUCUCUGUUCGACAAUGAAGAGGUGGGGUCUCUGUCUGCCCAAGGCGCCCAGUCCACGCUACAGGAGCUGGUGUUGCGUCGUCUCAGUGCAGGGGGCAUGGCUACAGCCUUUGAGGAAGCCAUCCCUAAGUCUUACAUGAUCAGUGCUGACCAGGCCCAUGCCUUACACCCCAACUACAGUGAGAAGCACGAGUCAAACCAUAAGCCUUCAUUUCACAAGGGAGUUGUGAUCAAGUUCAACACAAACCAGCGUUAUGCUACAACUGCCAUCACUGCAACAAUCCUGCGUCUCAUUGCUGAGAAAGGAGGCGUACCAUUACAGGAAGUUGUGGUGAGGAAUGACUCACCUUGUGGCUCCACCAUUGGCCCGAUCAUGUCUGCCAAGCUAGGGAUCCCAACCAUUGAUGUUGGCGCCCCACAGUGGAGCAUGCAUUCCAUCAGGGAGACAGGGGACACAACCACUGUGUACCAGUCCAUGCAACUCUUCACGUUGUUCUUCCAACAUUACCCGGCUGUGUUCCAGACCUUGAACUUCUAAUGCACCUAAUGGUAGUCCUGAAAAUACUUAUAAAAAUUGUGAUAUUGUGUAAGUUUCUUUGUCUAAAAUUGUACAAGAGCAAAUCUUAUUUUCACAAAGUUAUAGUGGUGUAUUGUGACUAUUAUUUUACAGUGAUUGUUACCAUUUCUAUCAAUUUGUAUCCACCAAAGAUUAUCCCACAGAUGUGUAUACUAUACAUUUAAUAAACAGACUUAAUGUCAUCAAGCAUUCCAUGUGGAUGUUGUUAUCCCUGCAUUUGGAUUUUGUUCUAUGACUGCAUUAUUGAUGGAAAAUAUGGUGUAAACACACACAAGUCUGUGACGGAUAAUCAUCUUGUAUUGGGUUUAAUUCUUAAGUAAAUAAAUUCA